AUGGAGUGGCAUGACCCCGAUUGUCGUCGAAUGGACCCUGUUCCAUUUGACAACGACCUCUGGGCGUGCCAAGCCUGCGGAACAGUUGGUCCUCUCAGGUUCUUCGCUGACUCGCUUGGCGAAUGUGCAACCCCAGAGCCUGCGAGUAACAAAGACGCGCACAAAGAGUCCAUACAGCGCUUAUCGUGGCCAGAAUGUGUCGAAUACUCUCAAGAACCAUUCGGUCAAGAUGUAGAAAAGACUUUGUGCCUCGUCAAAGCCAAUUAUCCAAAAGUGGCCACCGGAAUUACUUAUCAAGUGGGAGAAGUGAGCGAUGCUUACGGGCGAGAGAUUCUCCCUAUCAUUUAUCCCAAGUUGAUAGAGCCCUCCCAUAUCCGGCUUCUGGAGCUCUUACCGGCGCCUCGAGAAAAGGCCCUUGAAGGCCGCUUCCGGGUAGUCGACGUAGAGUAA